UUUAAUACCCCACACUACUACCGCCUUAUAUAGUAUAUUGCAAGUGUUGGCCACGAUUGGUGUCUGUCUUCAAUCGAGUCUUCAUCUCUUCAUUUCCCAUCUCAGUGUUUACUUCAUAAAUGUGCAUAAUAUGAUUGUGCUCACAAUGUAAAAAAAUAAACGCCACGUCACCUGACUUCGUAAUUUCGCGUCAGUCAUACUGUGGCUGUCUGUAUGUGGCGGUGCUGGGCUUCUGACGUCAUCCAUUCCUUCCAGCAGGGGAAAUUGGAGCGCUUGUGAUAAGCUUGUACUUUCUUAGAGUCACGCUCUAUCUACGGAGUACCAGACAUCAAAAAGACAAACUCCUUUUAUCUGCAAAUUUAUCACCCUCAAAAGACCCCGAAUCGAUGAAGGAGCCCCCGCCUACCCAAGCAACAGUCACGGACCGUCUACGCUCAUGGCUACACCCUAAACCAGACGAAAACGAGGGCACAGAGCUGCCCACGACCCUCCCCCCCACCACCUCCCCCACCACCUCCCCCACCACCUCCCCCACCACCUCAACGACCCAUAGCCACCAUGGCUCCAACGGCAGCGAGAAGAACAUCACCUUCGCAGACACCAAUGGCAACGGCGCCGCAACCCAUGAAAAUGGCCACGCGAUCAACAUCGCAUCUCUCUCCGGCACAACGCCUCAGCCCGAUACGGAGGCUGAGGGGACGGGGUUUGUCGUGAGCGGCAAGGAGGAGAAGAAGAAAAAGAAUAUUGCAGUGCGCUUUGCGCUCACUACUAAGAAAAUCGUCGGCUCGAGCUGGCUUAAUGUCAUCCUCGUGUUCGUGCCCGUGGGCAUCGCCGUUGAGGCAGCCCACGCUAGCCCAAUCAUCAUCUUCGUGAUGAACGCAAUUGCCAUCGUGCCGUUGGCUGGACUGCUGAGUUACGCGACGGAGAGCGUCGCGAAGCGCAUGGGUGACACUGUCGGGGCGCUGAUGAACGUCACAUUUGGAAACUCGGUCGAGCUGAUUAUUUUCAUUAUCGCUCUGGCCAAAAACGAGAUCCGCAUUGUGCAGGCGUCCCUGCUGGGAUCGAUCCUGGCUAAUCUGCUACUGAUUCUUGGACUUGCCUUUUUUAUCGGUGGGCUGAGAUUCCGGGAGCAGAUUUACAAUAGCACGAUUACGCAGAUGAGCGCUUGUCUGCUCAGUCUGAGUGUUAUGAGUCUUCUGCUGCCUACUGCUUUCCACGCUGCCUUCAACGAUCAAAAUCAGGCGAAGGCAGAUAAAGCAGUUGUCAAGGUCAGCAGAGGCACGAGCGUCAUUUUGCUGCUCGUCUAUGGUCUCUACCUCGUCUUCCAGCUCAACUCGCACGCGUACUUGUAUCAGAGUACGCCACAGCACAUCAUCGACGAGGAAUCUGCACCUGGGCCAGUGGCGCUUUGGAUGGAGUCUUCAACCGAUGAUUCUUCCUCUAGCUUUAGCUCCGAUGACUCUGAUGACUCGAAUGGCACAGCCGCUAAGAUCAAGCGCGCUAUCAGGCGUGGUGGCCGAAGACGCCGCAAGUCGAGCGUGAGCACCGCCAACACGUUUGAUCGCGCGAACCUAUCCCGGAAUACCUUUUACGAGGAAACUGGCGGCCCAUCCACGCAGCCCGUGGGUGCUGCCGACGCAGACAUCGAGGAUAACUCGACGCCCCUGUGUUCAACCAGCAGAAGCCGCCACAACAGCAUCAACGAGAAGCAGGAAAAACCAUCCCGUAAAGAACGCAAGGAGCGCAAACGCCAAAAGCACGCUGAGAAGAAGGAGCGCAAAAAGGCAAACAAGGCACUGCGCGAGCAGGCCGAGAUGGAAGAGGCCCAAGCCAAAGAGCCCAUGGGCGACUAUGCACCCCGCCGCGUCGACUUCGCCGUCGCAGACACGGAGAUCCAGGCACCCAUCCCAAAACGCCCAUUCCUGAAGAGCAUCCGCCCCGCCUUGCCAAAGACUCUCUCGCAGAGCGUCUUCACCCAACCACCGCCCUCCGCGUCGCCUCACCCCGUAGCCACGCCAGGCCCGGUCCCACUUAUCCGCUACGGCAUCCGCCGCACGAACUCGCUGCCAUUACGACUGGACACCCCUGCUGGCGCCGAGGCAGCAGUCGCUCCCAACCAGAUCAUCCACGCGUCGUCGUCGAUUCCUAUCCACCCUCAUACCGAGAAGGUGGAGGAGGACGAGGAUGAUAUCUCGCGCACGACGGCUGUGAUUCUCCUGCUCAUCUCUACUGGUUUGGUCGCCGUGUGCGCCGAGUACAUGGUUGCUAGUAUCAAUGAUGUUACUACGCAUACUGCCCUCGGCGAGACGUUUGUGGGAUUGAUCAUCCUGCCUAUUGUUGGUAAUGCGGCGGAACACGUGACGGCUGUUACGGUGGCGACGAAGAAUAAGGUUGAUCUUGCUAUUGGUGUUGCUGUUGGAAGUAGUAUUCAGAUUGCACUCUUUGUAACCCCUUUCAUCGUCCUCCUGGGAUGGAUGAUGGAUAAACCCAUGUCACUGUACUUCACCCUCUUCGAGACGGUAUGUCUCUUCGUGUCGGCCUUCAUUGUCAACUUCCUCGUCCUGGACGGUCGCAGCAAUUACCUUGAGGGCGCGCUGUUGUGUGCUGCAUAUGUUAUUAUCGCCGUGGCAGCAUUCUUUUACCCAGUUCUUGGGGACCAGAGUUUGUUGGGCGGUAAUACUGCUGCUGGUAGCUAGAUGGGUUGAGGAUGAGGUGGAUAGAUGGGGGUGAUAGGAUGUGAGGAGAGGGGGGGUAGGAGAUGGGUUGCUUUGAAACACUUAUGUGAAUUUCUGUUCUUCUGUAGUUAGGUAGUUGAACUGAAUUUGCAACGGGCAACCGAUAAAACUACACUGUUCAGGAGACUAUGCCCAUUUUUGAAUAUGUCGUGUUUGCAUGGAUAGCCUGCAACCAGGCAAUAUGUAACCUUACAAGCUGUACGAUGAGACCAUCUAUGUCACUACGCACCUGCCAUGGUCAUGGCUAAAAGCAUAUCUCAAUAUAAUUAAAAGACUCCGCCUUGGUUGUCGUUUGGAGGGUUCCUUGGUGGAAUUAACUUCUCCACGGUGGAGUUGGGCCAAGUAGAAAAGCUAUGUAGACCGCUAUGGCAGUCCAUAUAACAGUCGUCCAUAAGAGAAUUGGGUUGUUGAUACGCUCCUGUACGUUGCGUUGAACAGACUCAAACUCUUCUUGUUCCUGCGGUCUGGGCUUCUCGUCGCGAUGCCUGCUAGGGUAAGGGUUCAACAGCGAGAUAGCAUACAUCCCUUGACUGCGGUCGGCACAGUUCAAAGAUCUCGCCGUGGGGCCUCUGAAAUCCGCGUUGGGCAACUUGCAUUGAGCCUUCG